GGACUCGCAGAUAAAUUAAAACAGUAGAAUGCAUAGCACAGGCCAGAAGUCCUUGCUGCGUAACAUGGCCUCAUCGCCGUAUGGCAAGGAGGUGCUGAUAGGCAACUGGGCCGAGCGCCGCUAUGAGAUCGAUGAGAAGAGCAACGCCGCCGUGCCAGGGGUGAGAGCACCGGAGGGCUGCGAGAAGCACCAGACCGUCAGCCAACGGACCUACACGAAUGCGCCCUUCACAGGGAUAGACACGGUCCAGAAUUACUCGGAUCAGCGCCAGGAGGCCUUUCAGAACUUAAGGAAAAACUCGACAUCAAGCCUGAGUUUAGUGGACCACAUCUCCCUGACGCGGAAUUUCACCACCACCACCACCCUGACCUACGAGGUGCUUCCCCAGCGGUUCCUCAAGAAAAAGCAGUUGGAUAGCGGAAACUGCGGCCCUCCUCAGCGCCAGCCCGAGCUCGACAUGCUGCAAUCAUUCGGCAAUCUGACCAGGACCUACAACUAUAAAAAGCUCUUCAAGUGCGAGAAGCUACUGGCCCAUCUCGCCGGCAAGGCACAGACCACAUAUAGCUCCUCCUACAACCGGGCGUUAAAAAGCGAGCCCAUCAUGGAGUUUGGCCCGGAUUACGACGGGGUUGUCAAGUUCGAUUUGACCUGCUAGGAAGCCGGCUAGCUCUCAGUUCAGAUCAGUGUUGACCAGUUGCCCAGAUCUUUUCCAAAAUUACAGGUGUUUAAAUAAAACUACGAAAGCUA